UCAUUUAACCAUUUCCUUAGGAAAAAAAAAGGAGGUGAGGUGAGAAGAAGAUCUCAUCUGACCAAAAACCCACAAACAAAACAAAGACAGACAAAAGAGAGAGAGAGUGAGGAAGGUUGUGUCUGAAGCUAAUAGGAGUAUUUUACUUAUUGUUUGGUGGGUUUUUGCGGGACUAGACAACCCACCAGUUGUUGCGGCUCUUUGAAGAGAGAGAAAGAAAGAGAGAAAAGAAAAAGACUUUAGAGAGUGAGAGAGAGAGAGAGAGAGAGAGAGACAGAAAGAGAAAGAGAGAAAUAUUAGAGAGAGUAAGAUGGUGACUAAUAUGGAGAUGGGAUCUCAAACUCACCAGCAAAAUCACAACUUCCACCACUACUACUAACUCCAACCAUUUCCCCAUUCAUUUUUUUUUCAGGUACACCCAUCUCUUUCUUUUUUCAAUAGCCCCUCUUUAGAUUGAAUUCUGAGCAAACCCCAUUUGAAUUUCUCUGCUUACCUGUGUAGAUCUUCCACAUUUCCUUCAUUUUUGGUCAAAAUGGUGAUCUGGUAGGACUUCAAAUAUUGUUUCAGCAUACUGGUAGUCGUGUUUGUUGCAGGACUUCUUUUUGGUUCUUUUAAAACAGUUUGAUGGGUUCCAGAUUCCCAUCUCAUCAACUCAGCAAUGGCCUCUAUGUCUCAGGCCGGCCUGAGCAGCCAAAAGAAAGGACUCCAACAAUGAGUUCAACUGCCAUGCCCUAUACUGGUGGUGAUAUCAAGAAGUCAGGAGAACUAGGGAAAAUGUUUGAUAUCCCAAUGGAUGGCUCUAAAUCUAGGAAGUCUGGGCAGUUAACCAGUGCUCCUUCAAGGACUGGAUCUUUUGGAGGUGCUGCGACGCAUUCAGGACCCAUCACGGCAAAUUCAGCAGCUCGGGCUGGGUAUACAACAUCAGGUCCUGUAUCUUCAGGCAUGGUUGGUUCAGUUUCAAUGAAGAAAUCAAAUUCUGGGCCACUGAAUAAGCAUGGUGAACCUAUGAAGAAGUCAUCUGGUCCCCAAUCUGGUGGAGUGACACGCCAAAACUCUGGCCCUAUCCCAGUUCUUCCUACAACAGGUCUUAUUACUUCUGGGCCUAUUUCUUCUGGCCCACUAAAUUCAUCCGGGGCCCCAAGAAAGGUCUCUGGUCCUCUAGAUUCCAUGGGGUCAAUCAAAACACACGGUUCCUCUGUUGCUCACAACCCAGCUGUGACUACUCUGACCCAAGAUGAUGAAUAUUCCUUCAGAAGGAACUUCCCAAAGCCAAUAUUCUGGUCUGUGAUUCUGAUAUUUGUGAUGGGAUUUAUUGCUGGGGGUUUUAUUCUUGGAGCGGUCCACAAUCCCAUUCUGCUCAUUGUUGUGAUAAUUCUUUUCGGUUCAGUGGCUGCAUUAUUCAUUUGGAACUCAUGUUGGGGGAGAAGAGCUAUCACAGGUUUCAUUUCUCGUUAUCCUGAUGCUGAACUGAGAACUGCAAAAAAUGGGCAAUAUGUGAAGGUUUCUGGGGUUGUUACCUGUGGUAAUGUACCGCUUGAGUCAUCCUUCCGGAGAGUUCCUAGAUGCGUCUAUACAUCGACCAGUUUAUAUGAGUAUCGAGGAUGGGAUUCUAAGCCAGCCAAUUCUACACACCGUCGUUUUACAUGGGGACUUCGAUCAUCUGAGAGGCAUGUGGUCGACUUCUACAUCUCUGAUUUCCAGUCUGGGUUAAGAGCAUUGGUUAAGACAGGCUAUGGUGCAAGGGUGACUCCUUAUGUUGAUGACUCUGUUCUUAUUGAUGUUAACCCAGAAAACAAAGACAUGUCUCCUGAGUUUCUCCGCUGGUUGGCAGAGAGGAACCUUUCAAGUGAUGAUCGUGUAAUGCAAUUAAAAGAAGGGUACAUCAAAGAAGGUAGCACGGUUAGCGUGAUGGGUGUUGUUCAGAGAAAUGACAAUGUGCUUAUGAUUGUCCCUCCACCUGAUCCACUAACAACUGGAUGUCAAUGGGCACAAUGUAUCUUUCCAGCUAGCCUUGAGGGUAUUGUUUUGAGAUGUGAAGAUACAUCAAAAAUUGAUGUCAUACCUGUUUAGGACAUCACUCAUUCAGUCAUUUGUGAAAUAUCUUGUUCGUAAUAUCAGAAAUUGGUGAUGGUGGUGGUGUUUGUAGUAAAAAAGUGGUGGUAAGUAUGUUGAUUAAGAUGAUGUGAUUUUUAUCUUUUUCUUUUUUGUUUCCUUUAUUUUUUUCCCCACCUUUAGCUUGGUGUAUAGUUUUAAGGAGUUUUCAUUCCGUUAUUUUUCCUAGGGUUUGGAAGCUUUUGUAAUGGGCGUGUUGAUGUAAUGAGAAAAUUUACAGGUUUGAGCAGACUGCAGUUAUGUUGAAAAGGAAAGAAAAUGUUUGAUUCA